AUGGCCACACGAAACCUUUUUACCCGUUCACUCAGAACUACAUCCAACCCGAUUCCAAAAAUACCAAGAUCAAGUAAUUUGACGGCUAGGUUUACUACCAGAUGUACUACUUCUCAAUCAAACCGAAACUUGACUUGGAUCAUUGGUGGUGCUACUCUUUUGGCCGGAUCAAUGGUUAUGAAUCCUUUUCAAGAACCUUUUAAACUUGAAGGAGCCAAGACAGUUGCAGGAGAAAAGGGUACAGUUACAGAACGAUCAUUUAUCAUGCUUAAACCAGAUGGAACAGCUCGACAAUUAUUAGGAAAAGUGAUUAAUAGAAUGGAAGAAAGAGGUUAUAAACUAGUGGCGAUCAAAUCUCUUGUACCAUCUAAAAAAUUAGCGUCUGAUCAUUACGCUGAUCUGAGUGCUCGAAAGUUUUUCCCUAGUCUUGUGGAAUAUAUUACGUGUGGUGUACCGGUGGUAGCUAUGGUUUGGGAAGGUCAGGAUGUGAUUAGACAAGGUCGACGGAUCGUUGGUGCUACAAACCCUCUAGAGGCUGAAGCUGGUACAAUCAGAGGUCAAUACUGUAUCUCUGUUGGUCGUAAUAUCAUUCAUGCUUCUGAUAGCUUUGAAUCGGCUACUCAUGAGAUUGGAAUGUGGUUUAAAGAAGCUGAAUUAAGUGAAUAUAAGACGGCUAAUCAUGAUUGGGUCUUUGCUAGUAACUAA